AUGACUACGAAGCGCCGUAACCAUGGCCGGGCCAAGCCACCCUGCUCUCGAGGCCGCACGAAGCCGUUACACUGCUUUAACUGCGGCCGGCUGACACCGAAGGACAAAGCCAUUGGCCGCUUUUUAGUGCGUAGACUGUUGGAUCAGGCAUCUGCACGCGACGUGGCCGAGGCAUCUCCGGUAUACGGUGCUGGUUUCCCUAUGCCAAAAAUGUACAUGAAGCAGUGCUUUUGCAUUUCGUGCGCAAUUCACAAACGUGUUGUGCGUGCUCGUCCAACUGAAAAUCGCAAGCGUCGCUUCGUCACGAAAGUUGCAUUUCGCCCCACCGCUGGUAAGUAG